AUGAAGCUGUCCUGUUUCUUGAAACGCGCGCUUACCUCCGGCAGCCACCUCGGUGUCUUUGCUGGCAAACACACCGGCUUCGGUGUCGAUGUUUCGGCUCGAACGGGGCUACGGGUGAUGCAGUACAGUCAGGCCGCACUUGACGAGUCGACCGCGCCAGGGGAGAUGGCUUGUUACCGCCUGGUCCACAGAAAGUUGGUCCGGGUCCAAGGAGUCGAAACUUGCGCCUUCCUUCAGGGGCUAGUUACCAAUGAUGUACUGCAACUGGAGGAGGCUGCCCGCGGGGCAGCGUACGCGCAUAUGCUCAACAUACAGGGAAGAACGCUUUUUGACGUCAUUAUGUACAGUCAUAAAGAAGCGGCAACAGGAAGUGGUGUCCUCCUGGAAUGUGACAGCACCAUGACAGACUCCCUUGUGAGACACCUGAAAGUUUACAAGAUCCGUCGGAAGAUCGACAUCUAUCCAUGUCCAGAUCUCUUUGCGUGGGCUGUUCUUCCCCUGCAGCGAAAAAAUGGCCAACGCUUCAGCAAGCCAAAGCUCCUUUCACCGGAAAAGGCCACGGUGUGGGUGACAGACCCGCGGACGCAUUACAUGGGCUGGAGGUUGGUUCUAGACAAGCAGGUGGACCCAUUAGAUGUUGUCGCAUCUUGUCAAAAAGGUGAAACAGAGGAUUACCACAGGCAUCGCUAUUCCAUAGGACUUCCAGAGGGAGUGAAAGACCUUCCUCCAGGAGUGGCAUUACCACUCGAGUCCAACCUAGUCUACAUGCAAGGCAUCAGUUUCAGCAAGGGCUGCUACAUUGGCCAGGAGCUGACAGCCAGGACUCAUCACACCGGCGUGAUCCGCAAGCGCCUCAUGCCAGUGCGCUCGUCAGCGUCAAUUGAAAGCUUGGAGGAGGGCACCGCCCUACACACACUGUCAGGCAAGCCAGCUGGAAAGCACCUCGCCGGGCUGGGAAAUCUGGGCCUGAGUCUGAUCCGUCUGGCACACGCCCAGGAGGUGUUGACGGUCAAAGCUGCCAACGAAAGCCAAGUGACGCUGGAGGCCUCCGUGCCUGACUGGUGGCCUGCAAACGAGAAAACCGAGACCGGAGCUUUUAUGUGA